AGGGCGGAGUGGUCCAUUGCAAGCUGCGAGGGGGGGUUUGGGCCUAGUCUGGGGCUGUGGGGCCUGCCUGGAUUUGUGACAUUCUCGUCUCAUUGUAUACGAGUCAAAGCCGAGAAUCAGGCUAUUUUGAUGCUGGAGAAUGAGGUCGUAGAUGUCGUAAAUAGUCAAGAGGAAGAAGAGACUGCCGCAGGAGAGAGACAUGGACAGCCAGUGCACUGUACAGGUGAAACUGGAGCUGGGUCACCGUGCCCAGUUGAGGAAGAAGCCAACUACAGAGGGAUUCACCCAUGACUGGAUGGUCUUUGUUCGUGGCCCAGAGCAGUGUGACAUUCAGCAUUUUGUAGAAAAGGUGGUCUUCAGGCUGCAUGACAGCUUCCCCAAACCUAAACGUGUGUGCAAGGAACCUCCCUAUAAAGUAGAAGAGAGUGGGUAUGCUGGUUUCAUCCUGCCUAUUGAAGUGUACUUCAAAAACAAGGAGGAGCCCAAAAGGGUCUGCUUUACUUAUGACUUGUUCUUGAACUUGGAAGGGAAUCCACCAGUAAAUCAUCUACGCUGCGAAAAGCUGACAUUCAAUAACCCCACAAAGGAGUUCCGACGAAAACUACUGAAAGCUGGAGGGGUGAUGGUUAUGCCAGAGGGAGCAGAGACUGUGUCCAGACCGAGUCCAGAUUACCCAAUGCUACCAACAAUCCCCCUAUCUGCCUUUUCAGACCCAAAGAAAGCUAAGCCAUCUCAUGGCUCAAAGGAUGGAAACAAGGACAGCAAGACUUCAAAACCCCAUAAGGUAACAAAGGAGCACCGGGAGCGGCCAAGAAAAGAUUCAGAAAGCAAAACUAAGGAGAGUGAAGGAAAUAAACAAAACAAGGAAACCUCCUCCCGAAAACCUGCUGAAAUCAAACCUCCUAAAGAAGAGAAAGCACCUGUUAAAGUUGCCUUCAAGGAGCAGAAAAUGACCCUCAAAGAACCCAAGCCUGAAAACAUGUCUCCAAAAAGUGUUCCUGCUGAUAUUAAGCCCAGCAGCAAGAGGCCCCCAAACUCUGAUUCACCAAAAUCAAUGACCAAGAAACUUAAGAAGGGUAGUUCCAAAGGGCUUCCUAUGUCUGGAACGUCCCCUCGAGGACCUCCUAAUCCUGUCACAACUUCCACCACCUCUUCUUAUCCAGAAAAGAAGCCGCUUAAAGAAAAACCCAUUACCAAGGUGGAUAGACCUAAGCCUGAUAGUGAGGUUAAGAAGUCUACAGAGGCUGAAGAUUCAAACUCUGAUGAUGAUGGGUCAUCAAAAUCAGAAUCAGUCCCAUCCAGUCCCUCCAACAGCAGCUCCAGUUCUGACUCGAGCUCAGAGUCGGAUUUUGAACCCCCGCAGCAUCAUAGCCAAGGCCUCCUGAGAUCCAUGGUGGAGGAUCUUCAGUCGGAGGAAUCAGACGAUGAUAGCUCCUGUGGGGAAGAAUCAGCUCCAAAGACCAAGACAACUGGCAGAGAUUCUCGGAUAAGUCUUAGUGACAGUGACAGCAGUGACGACUCUUGCGCCCCUAGCCGUGGAGCUGCCCCCAUACAGAAAAUGCCCCCUGCUAAUAAUAAGACCACUGGCCGAAGAAGCCCAGAGAGCUGUACUAAAUCGGACAAGAUGCUGAAGAAAGGUGUAUACGACAAGGCAUAUACAGAUGAGCUAGUGGAACUACACCGGAGGCUGAUGGCUUUGCGGGAGAGAAAUGUACUUCAGCAGAUUGUAAACCUUAUUGAGGAGACGGGUCAUUUCAAUGUCACCAACACAACUUUUGACUUUGAUCUCUUCUCUCUGGAUGAGACAACGGUCCGCAAACUGCAGAGUUAUCUGGAGGCUGGCGCUACAUGACCUCCUGGGGGAUGGGUGAGAAAGGAAGAUUGUGAUGUUGAGCAGUUUGCUCUGAAACAUCCCCAGCCCCUGAAUCAGUCCUGGGAGCGUCUGAGGCCGACCAGCUGCUCCCUAUCAAUAGGACCUCUCUCACUGUGCCACCUGGCUCCACCAAUCAGGAUUCCAUCACUCCCAAUAGUGUCAGGCUUUCUAACCUUCCUAAGCACACGAGGUUGACAGGUUUAUUAAACCUUUAUUGUACUUUCAAAAUACAGAUAUAACCAGGUUUCAGUUUUAAGAGGUUUCGUUCGGUUUAUGGUGGAAAAAUUGAAUCCGUGUUGGUAGCUGACAUAUCAUUGCAAGUGUUUGUAUAGAAUUGUAUGUGUUUUUGGAACACAUACAUGGACAAGCACAUCUAGGCUGUAAUCUGCAUUUAUAUAUAUAUUUGAAUUGAUGCCUUUUUUUCAUCCAACCUGGCCUUAGAUGCAGCUGCAUUUUAAUUUCCUCUAAUAAAAUUCCGUCUGUAUUUUGAGAUUACAUUUUACAAAGGAAAUCUGCUGUGAGGCAAGAGGGACUGGUUCUUGUGAAGGCAUCUCACAGCGGGCUCUCUCUCCUCUCGAUUGCCAUCACCUAUCAGUGUUCUUCUUCCCAUGACAGUUGUAACUGAGAGAGGUUGUAUUUCAGGCGAGCAAGUAGAGGGUUGAACUCUGCUUCAGAAUAAUUAUGGAACUUCAGAUCUGUAAGCUGUAUAUUAUAUAUUAUAUAUAUGUAUGUAUGUAUUUUAUGUAUAAGAGGGCCUGGAGGGGCAUUGUAUGAUUGAUUUUUUUAUUUUUUUUAUUCUCUGAGGGUUAAGGGUUGAAUACUGAUACUUUUAAUUUCUUUUUAGUCUCUUGCUGUAAUUUUAAAUAUUUUUACUCAAUUGAGCAUGAGAUACUGCAUUUGACAUGCAAGAGGGAUGGUGGAGGUGGUAUGCAUUUAAAAUGGUUUUAGCAACAUAUUCUAUUUCUGUUCUUUUAUACUAGGGGUACUUUUGAGGUAUCUUUCUGUUUGUAAAGAGGUGAAGCAUAUUGCCCCAAAAGGAGGCAGAUCUACAGGCCGGCAGUGGAAGAGUAUUUGUAUAGGACCUCAGCUGGGUUGAUACCAGCACUCUGUUUACUCUUCUUUCUAUUGUUGCAAUGAAGGCAGUGUUGUCCAUGCGUUUGUAAGCCAAAAGCAGUCGGUUCAUGUGUUUCACUUUCCUCCGCACUAAAACCUCUGCUUUUGGAGUUUUUAAAUGAAUCAGUCAUCCAAUUACAUGUGUACGUUACAAUCCAGUUUCAUGUGCACAGAAAUUGCUGUUGUUUGCACUGAACAUUUCUCCUGACCAUGUGCAAUUUUGCUAACUCCGUGUCUAGUGCCCUGUUCGUUUUUGUGUUUAACACGCCUAUCCUAUGCACUGGAUGACAGGUUUUAACCCACUGCUUUUGAACAUGAAUCCUCAAGGGCUGCAAAUACCCCAGGUAUAUGGGACACUGCUCAGUUACUCACAAAGUUGAUUGAUUAUAUGUUUAAUCUGAAAAGAAAAAAGAUCUCACAACCAUGGUUAGAUUGCUGUUGUGGAGUACAUUUGGAAACCUUGCAUUAAAUCUGACAUGCCAAAAGUUUCCAGCACAGGGGUAGAACGUUUAAAAAGUUGUACACUUCCAGUUCUUUCCUGUCAUCCUUUGUUGACAUACAAAACACUAACUAUAUUUUUACAUAGGUUUUUACACUCCUUUUUCUAGUUUGCCCCCCCCCCCCACGUUAGCAUCCUGAGUCCCUCCAAGGACCAAAAUGAUUAUAUAAAGAGGCGAUGCCUCUGAAUGGUCCCUUUUUUAUAACCUACAUUUGUAUUUUACUUUCUUUUUUGUUGUAAAUGUGUUUGGCAGGCUAUGAGCUCAUCACGCCCUUCUUAAAAGGUAAAAAUGCUCUGAUCACUACAGCUCUGGAAUUUUCCCUCUGCUUUUCCACCGGUUAUACAGAGACCCUGUACUUGUGUUGUGAACCUCAUAUGGUAUGGGUGUAGAAAUUCAAGAUUUUCAGACAUUUCCCACAUUGUGAUUAGUCAGGGGUUUUCCAUGCACAGUAUUGAAUUCAAUCUUCUUGAUAUCAGUAUUUCUUAUAAGCUGCAAAAGGUUUUACUUUUCCCCACAGGUUUUUUUUUGUUAAAUAUUUUAUAUAACUUUACAUAGGUAAAUGCAUCAUUCAUGGGGAAUUUGACCCAAAAUGUAUUCUAUAAAUGCUGUUAUAGAAAAAAGGGUGGGAUAUAUAAUCCAUUGUUACCAGGACAUCUCGGUCUCCUCUUUGUUCAUGCCAAAUUUGGUAUGCAUUGUUACCAUUUACCAGUAUUUGAUAUUGGGCCUUUGUGACACUUUAAGAAAACCUUCAAUUUCAACAGUUGCAGCGUGUAAAAAUACACUUUUAAAUGAAACAAAAUUUAAACAAGCUGGUUUAUUGCCCUGGAAGUAUUUAUUAAUGUAUCAAGCUGAAUGGGUUGCUUUUUUUAACCCAAAAGCAAGCUUGGAAACUGUAUUGCUAAUGAUGCAGAGAUGUUUUGGUCCUGUAUUAUUUUUAUUUUAAUAUUGGAAACCUGGAAAGAGUUUUUAUAGAAAAAUGUGAAAUAAAGAUGGAGAAAUGC